UCCGUCAGUCAUUUUUGAUCUAUAGUCCUAUAGAUUUUAGAAAUUAUUAGUUUUUACGUUUAUUAAUUUUUUUGGUGCUAUUGUUUAAUUGCAGUGAUUACUGCUUUUAUUGGUGAACUAACUCCUCAACAUAACACAUCCUAAAAUGUCUGGUGAACCCGAAGUAGCUCGCACUCCUGAAGGCGAGGAAACGGAAGAAGAAGAAAUCAAGUCCUCGUAUAGGCCACCACCGGAAAAGACGAUUGAGGAAAUUUUAGCAGCAGACCAAGAAGAUGAAUCCUUGAGGAAAUAUAAAGAAGCAUUAUUAGGACAGGCGCAAGCAGGAACUGUUAUUGUUGAGCCUAAUGACCCUCGGAAGGUGAUUGUGAAGAAGCUAGCGUUGUGUGUGACGGAUCGAGAUGACCUCGAGCUGGAUCUCACUGGGGACCUCACAGACCUCAAGAAACAGGUGUUUGUGAUCAAAGAGGGUGUGCAGUACCGGAUAAGGAUUGAUUUUAUCGUGCAAAGGGAGAUCGUACACGGUCUGAAGUACGUGCAGAAGACAUAUCGUAUGGGAGUGCCCGUGGAUAAAAUGACCCACAUGGUUGGGUCGUAUCCCCCCAAGGUGGAGGUGCAGUCGUACACGACGCCGCCCGAGGACGCGCCCUCCGGCCUGAUGGCGCGCGGCUCCUACACCGUCAACAGCCUCUUCACCGACGACGACAAGAACAUACACCUCCAGUGGGAGUGGAGCUUCGACAUCAAGAAGGACUGGAAGGAUUAAAGCCAUCCAGAGGUCAAACAGGAUUGGACAUUUGGUAAGACAUCAAAUGAAAUUGUCAAUCGUUGAAUGUUUUGUACAUUAUAUAUGGUUUGUAAUGUCCAAUUUUGUUUGUUAGAUGCCGGGAUUGCAAUGCAUAGGGAAGUUUAAAAAAAAUUGCCACUAAAAAUAUGUUUUAUCAUUUGUACUUAUGAUUCUUGAACACAUUUUUGGAAAGGUUAAGAAUAGAAUUUUAAAAUCUCCCACAAUUUGGGUAAAAAAUUCCAGUAUCAAGCAUCUUUAGUCGCGGUAUAAAGUACUGUUCACACUACACGGGCUUCGUAAAAUUUGAUUAUUAAAUAUUAUAUAUGAGGUGAAAAGUUUCAAAUUAAUAUAAAAUUUAAAAACUGUAAAAUUUGUUAAUAUUACCAAUGUUUUCCACGUAUUGGGUAAGAAGUAGUGUGAAAAUAACUGGCAACAUUGUCCUAUUUCGUUCUCUAUGAAUGAAAUGAGAAAGCAAUAUGCCUCAGUGUGGUUGCGAUUGCGUUGUGAUUCCGACAUCUGAAAUAUAGUUGCUGACUGAAUGAACAGCGUAUUCUAUAGAUUGUAAGAGUCAUUAGAAAACA